UGUGCGCGUGUGUGUAUGUGUGUGUGCGUGUGUGUGUGUGCGCGCUAGGCUCCGGUGUUUAGAGCGCACAGCAGCGCGGGUCCCCUUAGCUUCACGAGGAGAGAGACAGACAGACAGACAGAGAGAGAGAGAGAGAGCGCAUGUGAGUGCCAGUGUGUGUUUAUGUGUGUUUCUAUGUGCAAGCGCGAAACACUCUUCCCUUCUGAUGCUCUCAUUUGUGACCACGUCUCCGAUGUCUUCCAAGCGACCAGCCUCUCCAUAUGGGGGAACAGAUGGAGAGGUAGCCAUGGCGACCAGCAGACAGCGAAUGGAUGAUGGGGAGACUGACGGGCACCCUGUCAUUCACUUACCCCUCAACUCCUACUGCAGCAAGGUGUCCCCUCGCUCCCCACGAGCGCCCGACAGCCCCCCGACUCUGCACAGCUCCAUGGAGCACGAAAGCAGUAAGGGGCUGGACCUGAGCCCGUACCCAGCCCACAGCUCCUCGUCCCCGGGCAAGCCGGCACAGGAGGAGGGCGGUCGGCUGGGCAGUGAGUCGGGUGGUGGUGGCGGCGGCGGCAGCGGCAGCGCGUCCGUGGGAACGCCAGAGAGACGCAAAGGCAGCCUGGCCGACGUGGUGGACUCACUGAAGCAGCGCAAGAUGGAGGAGCUGAUCAAGAACGAGCCCGACGAGGCCCCCAGCAUCGAGAGGCUCUUAUCCAAGGACUGGAAGGACAAGCUGCUGGCCAUGGGCUCUGGUAACUUUGGAGAGAUCAAAGGAACCCCAGACAGCCUAGCGGAGAAGGAGCGUCAGCUGAUGGGCAUGAUCCACCAGCUGACCAGCCUGAGGGAGCAGCUCCUGGCAGCCCACGAGGAGCAGAAAAAGCUGGCCGCCUCGCAGAUCGAGAAGCAGCGCCAGCAGAUGGAGCUGGCCAAGCAGCAGCAGGACCAGAUUGCCCGGCAACAACAGCAGCUUCUCCAGCAGCAGCACAAAAUCAACCUCCUGCAGCAACAGAUCCAGCAGGUCCAGGGUCAGCUCCCCCCCCUCAUGAUUCCUGUGUUCCCGCCGGACCAGAGGACCCUGGCAGCGGCGGCCGCCCAGCAGGGAUUCUUGCUCCCGCCUGGAUUCAACUACAAACCUGGCUGCAAUGACCCUUACCCGAUGCAGCUGAUCCCCACCACCAUGGCAGCGGCUGCCGCGGCGUCGCCCGGCCUUGGCGCCCUCCAGCUGCAGCAGCUCUAUGCGGCGCAGUUGGCAGCCAUGCAGGUGUCUCCGGGGGCCAAGCACAGCGGCCUCUCUCAAGCCAACCUGGGCGGCACACACUCCCCCACCGGCGGCCAUGACAAGAGCCGCAGCUCCACACCACCGCCCAAGCACAAGGAAGAGGGCGCUGCUCAGCCCCUGAACCUGUCCGCCAAGCCUAAGACAGCCGAGAGCAAGUCACCUACCUCCCCCGCUUCCCCACAGGUCCCCUCGCUGAAGAUGGGCUCCGGGCUCCUCAAGCACAGCAACGCCCCCUCCAGCGCCGGAGGCCCCACCAGCCGACUCAGCUCCAUAGACUUGCUGUCCUCCAUCAGUUCGGGGGCCUACCUGAAUGACCAUGAGGCCGUGACCAAGGCCUUCCAGGAGGCUCGGCAGAUGAAGGAGCAGCUCAAGAGGGAGCAGCAGGUGCUGGACGCCAAGGUGGCCGCCGUCAACAGCCUGGGCCUCAACAACGGCCGCGCAGACAAGGAGAAAGCCGCUCUGGAGAGUCUGAGCCAUCAGCUAAAACAGACAGAGGAGAGCAAGUUCAGUCAUGCCAUGAUGGACUUCGGCAUGAGCGGAGACUCUGAUGGCAGCCCUAGUGUAUCAGACUCGCGGAUGUUCCGUGAGGCCCGCGGUCGGGACCGGACAGAGCCUCACAUCAAGCGGCCCAUGAACGCCUUUAUGGUGUGGGCCAAGGACGAGCGCAGGAAGAUCCUGCAGGCCUUCCCCGACAUGCACAACUCCAACAUCAGCAAGAUCCUGGGCUCCCGCUGGAAGUCCAUGACCAACCUGGAGAAGCAGCCGUACUACGAGGAGCAGGCGCGCCUGAGCAAGCAGCACCUGGAGAAGUACCCCGACUACAAGUACAAGCCGCGGCCCAAGCGCACCUGCCUGGUGGACGGCAAGAAGCUGCGCAUCGGCGAGUACAAGGCCAUUAUGAGGAACCGGCGUCAGGAGAUGCGCCAGUACUUCACCGUGGGGCAACAAGCCCAGCUUCCGUUGGCCUCAGCAGGCGUGGUGUACUCAGGCGCCCUCUCCAUGGCUGGCCUGCCUUCCCCCCAGAUGCCCUCCGAACAUUCCAGCAUGUCCAGCAGCCCCGAGCCCGUGGCCCCUCCCACCAGUCAGGCCUCCGCCUACCUCAGCAGCCCCAUCAUCAAGGGGGAGGAGCCCCGUAUCAAGCAGGAGCUGCGUCUGGAUGACAGCAACGGCGACGCCUACGAGGACUUUGAAUACGACGACGACGAAGGAGACUACGUCAGCGACAGUGAGAACCACAUCACCGCCCAGUGAUGUGGCCAAUCAGAGUCCACUGUCCGGUGAAAUCAGCCAAUCAGAACCCACCAACCUCUGCAUCAACCCCACCCGUUCACUCACAACCCCUUCCCCAAAUUGAAAGGACUCGAAUUGAAUCGGAGCCGCCACCACCCCACCCCCCCCCCCCCCCCUCUUGCUGAAGUCCCCCCCAUACCCCCUCAAACCAACAAGCCAAGCACAGGACAGAAACUGUCAAAUCACGUUGACUGACUGUUACACAAACACAGGUCUGGCAGGAAGUGCAAGUGGCCAUCUUUGGAGACAGCCAUUGUGUGUGAUGCCAAGCCGCUAACUGAAGCCAACAGGAGUGGAGUCAUUGACCACCUACCAGACCAUGUUUGUUGUUAAAAAAGACGUUGUUGUUGAAGAGAAAGAUUUUAAAAUCAAGAGGACCUGAUAAAGUCGAUAAAGUAAAA